AUGGGGUCCCGCAUGAAGGAUGUGCAGAGGAAGCUGGAUUUGAGCUUGGAGGACCUGGUCGAGGAGUCCAAGUCCGGCGGAGGCCGUCAGAGCACUCGAAAGCGGCGGCGAGUCCGCAGCGAGGAGGCUCCGGAGAAGGCUCCGAAGUCGGAGAAGGAGACGGCGGAGAAGGAGAAGGCGGAGUCUGAGAAGGAGGAUUCCAAGGAGGAGAAGAGAGAAGAGGACCGGAGUCCGCGGCCGCCGCGGCGGGAUUGGCACGCCGAGCCCCGGAGGCGUACCGAGGCUGACCUGGCCGCUGGAGCUCGGCGAACGGGGAGGCCACCCUCGAGGGCCACGCCGCCGUCGCCGGCGACGUCGGCUCUCCGUCCGGCCUAUCCUCCGUUGAUGCCCGCGUGGCCGGGGUAUCCUCCUUACCGAGCUCCCAUGUACCUGCGGCCGGUGGCGCCGCCGGUCGCGCCGGUCUUCCGGCCGCCGCCCUAUGCGAUUCACCUUCACGUCGCUGCCAAGUCGGGCCUCGCGGUCAACGUGGCUCGGACACCCUCGGACACCGUCAGUGACGAGUGCGUCGCCCCCCCGGUGGAUCGCCUUGGACCGAGACGAGGCCCAGCUACCCUCCUGCAGCGUACCUCUGGCGAGUUUGAUCUGGGCACUGGGCCGAGUGAUGGAUGCAAAUUUCUGCAGCAUGUGACGCUGCAGAAACAUAUUGCCGAGGGCUGGGCCUCCGCCACAGUACCCGCCAGGCGCCGGCUCAGUCUUCCAGGACCGGUCGGGCGGCGCGACCGCGACCGCGACCGGCCGCGGAACGGCGGGGACGGGGUGGGGCUCGAGACGUCGGCCGAGAUCGGCGGCGGAGAUCCAGGAAGCGGGAACGGCAUCGAGAACGCCGCGGCCCGAACUGGACAUCAGCUGGAUCCCCUGGACGUGCCAGAGAAAUUGGGACAAGAGAAGGCAGUCCGUGAGGGCUUCACGGCAAAGUACGUGGCCCGGUGCUUCUGUCGUCGGGUGAGCUUCGAGGUGAGCAACGACCCGAUGACGGCGAAGCUUUGUGACUGCAGCGCCUGCCAGCGCCUGCAUGGCGCGCCAAUGCAGUGGGCGGCACUCUUCCAAAAGACGAGUGUGCGGUUUGCCGAGGGGCUCCAGUUCGUGAGGUGGUAUCACACGGGCACGGACAGCGUUUGCACCAGCGGUGUGGAGCGGGUGCUGCCCAGCAAGUUACAGUGUACCCACUGCGGGACCUGGUUGGCCGACGAGGGGAGGAACAAUUUCAUGACCUUCCCCACGCUCUUCGACUUCCAAGGCCAAGGCCCCUCUCGCUUCCCCGUGGCCUUCCGCCCACGCUGCCGCAUCCACUGCGCCACACGAGCGCUGGCGGCUCAGGACCAUUUGCCGGCCUACCUCGAUGAUGGCAAGACACCGGUGUCCUUACAAGAUUAUUUGUUGGACAUCGCCCCACCUUUGGAUGGGCGGAGUUACAAGGGCCAGUCAGGACGGAUUGGCGUGCUGGGCGGAUCGGUCGACUUCACAGGCGCUCCCUACUACGCCGCCAUGGCUGCGCUACGCGUGGGCGCAGAGCUCUUGUAUCUCUGCACCGCGGAGGAAGCCACAGGUCCCAUUAAGGCCUACUCGCCCGAGUUGAUGGUCAGCGAGGUCUAUCGCUGGUCCUCCAUCUCCUCGGAGGACCCAGGUGUGGUGCAGAAGGAGAUUGAUCGAAUGGUCUCCAAAAUGGAGGCACUGCUGCCGCGCUUCCAUGCCUUGGCUAUUGGCCCUGGCUUGGGGCGUGAUGACCGGGUGCUGAAGGCGGUGGCGCGCAUCAUCGAAUUGGCCAAGGCGCGUGAGCUGCCGCUGGUCAUCGACGCCGAUGGUCUGUGGCUCAUCGAGCGUCUGCCGGAGCUAGUCGCAGGCUAUUCUCGGGCGGUGCUGACUCCCAAUGCCGCAGAGUUCCGCCGCUUGUGCCAAGCCGUUGGCUGCGAGGAGACCCUCCUGCAGCUCUGUGAGAAGUUGGCUGGCCCCGUGGUCAUCCAGAAGGGUGCCGUGGACCAGAUGGCGCGGCCGGGCAGCGAGGUCUUGAGCUGCCGGGAGGAAGGCGCACCACGCCGGCCAGGCGGCUUGGGGGACUUCCUGGCUGGAAGCCUAGCGGUGCUCGUCGGCUGGGCGGCGGCCCGGCGGAGGGAUCCCAUGAUCGCCUGCCAGUGCGCGUGUAUGCUGGUGCGGCGAGCCUGCAAGAUCGCCUUCGAGAAGAAGAAGCGCUCCAUGGUGGCGCCCGAUGUGUUGGACGAGGCCGGAGGGGGAGACUCCCGAGCCAAGCCACACAUCCGAAAGGCAAUCGAUCCGGGAGGUGGGUCUCGCCUUCGAGGAGCUUUGCCCUUCGAAGAUGUGAAGGCUUGGGAAGCUGAAGAUGUGUUUUUUGAGUUGCUGGGGAAGGUCAUCGAGAGCGAGCCCUUCGGUCUGAGAUGGUUUGGGGCAAUUCGGCACCGCAGCGGUCUGACCAGCUUCGUGGGGCUUCGGGCUCCAGCGGGCCCGCCGCCGCCGCAGGGCUUUCAGGUGCGGCUCAGCAACAUCCCUCAGGAGCUCACUGCCAAGGACCUCGCGGAGGCCUUCACAGAAGUGUCUAGCAGUCGAGUGGAAUCCGUGGACCUCCUUCGGGAUGGCGCGGGCCGUGCCACCGGUGACGCCGUGAUCAUCUUCGCGGCGAUGCCAGACGCACAGAACGCGGUGCGGCGCUACCACGGCGGCGACCUGAACGGCCGGCGCCUGGAGGCCAUCUAUGAAGGUGAGGUCAAGGGUAGAUGA